AUGCAUUCACCCCCUGUAACUUCAUCACGUCUAUCUGCACCAAGACCCUUCCCUCCUCCAUCUCUCACUGAUGUCCCUCAUGAAUAUAUCGUCGACCAGCUCAGGACUCUCGCGUCUCACUACUGGGAUAGACCACAGACUGCAGAUUGUACAAUCAUCGUACCUGUCCCACAUCAUCGACCAUGUCCAGCAUAUGAUUCCCCGCUCACUUCGUCAGACUCUUCCCCAGAGCCUUCACCGAGGGUUCAGGUAGACACUGGAAGUGAACCUACUAUUCACGCCGUGCCUCGAAUGAAACUAAGAUUGCAUAUGGAUUACCUCUCUUCGCAUUCGACGUUGCUACGAGGUCUCUUCAGCGGUGCAUCACCCAAUGAUCUCAUUCACGCUGGCCCUACGCAACCCCGACAUCCUCCGCUGCAUGUCCCGGAAAGCCGUCUUCCUUCUCUUCUUCCUUCUCCGCCGUCCCAUCCUGUUCUAUUUCUCCCCGUUCCUGAUCCAUCCUCGAUACAUCUUAUUUUUCACUGGAUGUACUUUGGGCAGACAGCACUUAUGGAAGACUGUCUAAAUCGGGGUGUCGUCCACUGGGAGGGGAUCGCGCGUAACGUGGAGUACUUGGGGCUUCCCACAGACAUCAAAGUGUUCCUGGGGCGGUGGUACAGGAAUUGGCUUCUUCCGGCACAUAGCCGAGGCGGCUGUCCAACUUAUUCGCCCACUGAUGAUGACGAUUCUGACAUUGAGCUGGAACUCGAUGAUGACGACGACGACGAUGACGAGGACGAGACAGAUGACGAGGAGUAUUCAAUGGUGAACUCAUACACGGAGGAUGUAGAUGCUAUGGCAGAGUUUGAACGAGGGCGCACACGAACCAUUCGCCCCUUGACGCGGCUAUGCGGGAAGUUACAGAUGUGUGGAGUAUGA